GCAGGCGCCCCCUCCGCAUCUCCACCGCCUGGUCCGGCCCGCAGCGCGGCGCACCGUGUGUCGAGCCAAGCCGAACCGAGCCGAGUCGGUCAAUACUCCGGGCAACGCGGCGGUGAGAGCACAUCACGGUCGCCCGUACUCGUGCACGCCGUCGUCGCUCGCAACAAAUUCGUGCGAUUCGCGUCUCUCGAGGACCGUAAUAUAUCGAGGUUCGCGCCAGGCGUCUGUCGGUAGAGGCGCCGGUGGACUGACCGACGUAUCUAUUCUCGCGAACGGACGCGGAUGAAACGCGUCGCAUAACAGCGGACACGCAUAGAGGCACACGCGGCGCGAGCCAGCGGCAGAGCGCAUCGUAACGCACAAUCUCGUCGCAUCCGAUCGCUUCGUAACGAUAAAACCGUGCUAGCAGCGUGUACCUGAGUUGACAGCGUUCUCGGGGCUCGAACGAGGCGCCGUGUGCCUCCUUCGCGAAAUACUCUCGAACGAUGCGAGUCUGCUUCGUGGGAGAGCCGUAGGGAGCCGAAGGACAGUGUCAGGACACGUUCUGCGGUGGUGAGACGACGUGACACGCGAGACCGUCGCGGGUGCUCCACGGACUUUUGCGGUAGUGUGCGGUGGGCUCGAUUACGCGGACAGUGGGAGUAUUCCCGUGCAAGGAUCCGUCGAAUACACCAAGCAAGAUCAGCGUAGGUGCCGCGUGUACCUGACCGACGACGUUCGGCGAUGAAUCCUGAAGCGUGAUGGACAAGCUCGCGUACGCAGCAAGCAGCUUCCAGCUACGUCUCGCCAGCAUAAUCAUGGAUACGUGGAUAUUCUUCUUGUUUGUCGCCAUUGCCGACGUGGCGGCAUCGGUGGAGGUUCACUUCGAGAACAAAGAUGGCGGAUUCUUUCUGAAGCACACGCCGAGGCAGUUCUAUCCAGUACGAGGGGACGCCGUCCCGGCGAUAUCACCGUCGACGGGGACGUCGACGAGCAGCGGGGCGCCGUCGCCGCCGCCAGGGUCCGUCCUCUCGAUAGACAAAUUCACGGUGUUUCAGACGAGCGAGCCGGUCUCCGUUCGCGCGACGUACGGUCCAUUUAGCACGAAGCAGACCGUCCCGGCUCGCUAUAUAGUCCCCGACCCGCUGGACGCGCUUCCGGGACCGGAAACGCGACGAAAUCUGACAGCGGCGACGAUCCUGGACGCGCAGGAGCUUGGGGCGCGUCACUUGGACAUGUCCGCUCAUCUGGUUGGGAACAGCGUGCCGCGCGACUCUCCGGUGCUCAGAGUGCUCUUCCACGCCGGAAGUGAAGCUGGCGGUAGACGUCAGUUGCUGUUGGCGAGGCAUCAAAGGGUGUGCGUGGUCCUGCAUGCGAGUCUAGCAGCCCCGUCCAGAAGCACAGCGAGCAGAAACAACGGGAAAACCUCCUCCUCCUCGUCCUCCUCCUCAUCCUCAUCUUCGUCUUCUUCCUCCUCCUCCUCCUCCUCCUCCUCCUCCUCAAUCUACUCGUCCUCGUCCUCCGUCCUGACGGCGGCCUGCAGUCCCGACGGAGAAAACGGAGUCUGUCUCGCUCAGAUCACCAUACCGGCCGAUUGGUGGGCACCGUUACCUCCGCCGGACGCUUCCGGUCGGGUCAAGGUCGCCAAGAGCCUGCCAAGGCUCGUGCAAGUCGCCUACUCCGUUCUCGAGCCACGGACGGAGGACGCCGGUUCCACGGACAGCGGGGCCGGCUUCUGCAGGCCGAGAGUUCAGAUUCAGCCAGUCACACCGCUCGGACAGGUGCCCCUUGCUCCGAACCGAGCCGACUACAAGGAGCUCAAGGCCGACGAUUCUUUGACGCUGCUGGUACCGCACGGACCGCUCUAUCCGAGGUCCAAGCUCCACGUGCCGGUGUUUCUGCAUCCGUCCAACCCCACCGACCUGAGAAUGGACAGGCCGCCCAUGGUCAUCGCUGUCUACCUCAGGGCGAGGAUGAAGUCCGGCGUGAAGAUCCUGGAGGCCUCGUCCAGCAACCCGGACUGGGUCGUCGACAGCGACAUAAACGCGAAGAACACGAUCGCGACGUUCACCGCGAGGAGAAAGGAGAACGCACCGCGUGCACCAAACGGAUCGGCGGAGGAAAUUCUGACGAUGCUUUUGGAAGCCAGCGAGGAAGGGGUGGAGGGAAAUUGGGACGGUGGUCGGAUCGUGUGGAGCGUGCGUUACGCUUUUGAGGGCGAAGAGGACAACGGCUCCCAGUUGAAUGGUAUGGAUCAGCUGCAGCAAAGGUUGCAACAGAGGCAGAUGCAACACCAUCACCACCAUCACGCCGAAAGACGAAAGCUGCAAGCGCGUCUUGAGAUACAGAAGGACGAUAUCCAGGCUGUUCUGCCCAUUUCCAAGAACUGGGAGGUGAUGAACACCGCGGUGCUGACGGGCCGGCAAGUGUCCCAGGGGAUGAAGGUCUUCAUCGUCAGCCAGGCGGGGACCGUGGCCGACGUCACGCUGCAAUCCUCCUGUCACUCCGAGGACGAAAGCGUGCUCAAGGUGUCGUCUUCCUGCAGCAGCGUGUACGUAGACGGUACGGAGAUUCGUGGCUCCAGCAACGCGUCUGUCCUCGUCAAAUACGGAACUUACACGGGGUUGGCGAAAUUCACGGUCUGGAUGCCGGAUUUCCCACUGGAGGUGACCGUCGGGGACACCAGAUUGAGUCAGAUCAAGGGCUGGAAGGUACCGGAGGAGCACACGGUCGGGGCCAAGAGCAAACGUAGCUUGAACGCCACUGGUUCGCGAAUGAACGAGUCCGCGGCGAAAACGAAAAAGAGGAGCGCGGCGGAACUGGAGGACUCCGUGGACGACACCUCGUUGGACGUUGAUGACGCGGACGUGAUUCUCGAGGAGGACGAGCAAGAGGAGAGAUUCCGUGGCAACGACCACGGUUGGGACGCGAUCAAUUCCAUCGAAAGGGGACCAUCCACCAACUGCAGGCUCCGGUUCCAGCAGAGUCCCGUCGAGGUUCACGCGAGAUUCCUGGCCACCGACCACGACUCCGGAAGGGACUCGUAUUUCGUGAACCGUCGUACCUGGCUGCGCGUCACCGACCUGGUGAUGGGCAUGCUCCGGGUCUCGGAUCCCAGAAUAGCGAUUCUCUUGCAAGGGAGGGUGGUCCAAGGUCGCGGUAUGGGCAGAACGGAAGUGCAGGUGCUCUCGCCGAUCACUGGCAGGGUGAUCGGCGCGAAGGAAGUACGAGUCGGGAAUGAUCGAGUGGCGGUCACCAGGCUAUCCGUGAGAGUCGUGUCUGGCCUGCAGCUCACCAUCAGUCCAGAUACAGCCAUCGAGAACGGAUACAUCGCGGAGACGUCGGUUACGAGGAGACUGACUGCUAAGUACCAGGAGGGCCUUCUUGACAUAGACGUCGAAUUCUCGGAUGGAACAAGGACACCGUUAAGGGAAAUAGCCGUGACCGACUACCACUUGUUAGUCGAGAGCUUGGAUCCGGAGGUAGUGGCUUUCGCGCCGAUGGUCGCUUCCCAUCAUCCCCGAGUGAUCGCGGUGGGCGAAGGUCGUGGCGAUUUGUUAAGAGUUAAUCUUCAGCUGGCCGACGCCUGUCGUCUAGGCGGCAGGAGGUCCGGGAAAGGUUCUCAAAGGGCCACAGCGUCCGCGCUGGCCAGUGCCUCGGCCAACGUCGAGGUGGACUUCGCCUCCAGCGAGCUCCCAAAUCGACCAGAAUUCGUGCAGAACGACGGGGGCGGAACAGUCGGGUCGCAUCAUCACAGGGAAAGGAAGACCAGCAGGGGGGAAAUGGCGCCUGACAUGCGUGACAUUCUCAUAGGGCUACCGCUGAAAGACGAGAACGAGCACGAGCCUUUGGUGCAGGCAUGGCAGCACCGCACGGCUAUAGCUAAUGGCAUGUCUUCAGGAGGAAUGGGCGGCGUCGGGAUACGGCAUCACGGGGGAGUGCGCAUGAGUCCACUCGAGAUCGGGAUGUACGUCCUCCUGGCGGCCUUCUGUUUCGCCAUCGUCGUCUUUGUCGUCUCCUGCGUGGUCUACGCCAGCAAGUUCAAGCCCCAGCCGCCGGACUCGCCGCUGACCGGAGCCGUACUUCCGGUCCUCUCCGGAGCAGCGAGGGCCAGAGCAGCGGCCAACCAGCUGGCGUCGGGAAGACGACCACCCAGAGAGUCAACGACGAACGCUCACGAUUGGGUCUGGCUAGGAAGAGCAACCCUCGAGAGAGCUGCCUGCGGACCUCAACAGGUACGAGUCACCAGCAAUCCUCUCGCCAACGAAACCGAAGGAGAUUCGAGCGAUCUGGCGACUUGCUUCGACAAUCCGAACCACAUCGAAUUGCCAUCCGUGGGUCAACGGAACAACAGUUCCGGGCCCAUCGACACAACGACCUACUGUAAAAGAGACAAGCUUCCAAGGAAUAGUUUCAUUUCGAAACCUGGCUCGAAACCGUCGGCCGCGGUGACUGUGACCACAGUGACUACUCCAGCGUCCAUGGCAACAUCGACCGUGACCACUACACGAAACGACAACGACGACAUUCCGCCGCCUCUGCCGCCGCACGGGAUGCCCGUCGCGACCGCCGCAAUCGCGGCGAUGACGGCCCCUGCCCCGAUCGGCGCAUCCGCCAACAACAACUGCAACGAAGACUACAAGCCGCCGGUGCCGCCGCACAGGAACACGAAGGUGAUCGUGCAAGUGCCAGACACCCGGAUAAAGCAUCUUCACAGGCCGUGGAGCGGCAGCGCGGCCGGCAGUCAUCACGGGAACAACCAGCGGCACAACAAGCAGAUCCAUCAUAUCAAGCCAUCGCACGGUAAAGCUAGAGUAGAUAGUCCGAAAGAGAACGCCGCGGAGGAGGAGGAGUUCGUGGAGCUGGUGACGCACGAUGACAACAGGCACUCGAAGGACGUGAGAGCCAGAGAGGUGAAGAGAGCGACGAUCGUCGGUAAUCCAAUGUUCUCGUCGUUCUCGACAGCGGCAGUCGCCUCGUCGAUGAACGUGUCCAGCCCGACCGUGGCAUCGUCCUCCUCGUCACCGCCUAACUCGUCGCCGUCCUCAUCCUCCUCAUCCUCCUCGUCCUCGUCCUCCUCCUCGUCGUCGUCCACCUCGUCCGCGUCCUCGUCCCAAGAGCAGGAGGAAUCGGUGGCGCUGGACGACCUUAAUCUGGGCAUGGACUACAAUCAGAUCAUGCAGUACUUCGACAACCUGAAGGAAUCGAACGCCUAGGUGAUGGCGUUCGGCCUUGGAGAAGGUCGAGAGUAGUCAACGUCGAUACGAAACUAACCGGAAACCUCGUGUUGAGCGCGCGAACGAACUCGGGCCACGUUAUUCGCUUCCUCUCUAAUCGCCAUAUUAGCACGUUCUUAUCGAGAACGCGCACGUAGGCCGAGUCGCCCGCUCGAACGACGCUCCGAAACGUUUCGUAUUCUAGGCUAUAAUCUAGUCAGCUUCCUAGCAGCACAACAAGAGUAUCGCGCAAAACGCAUCGACACACAGGUACACACCGGUACACGUAUACAGGCAUAGCGGGUGAAAGAGAUGCGCGGUGAACUCCCGGUGACUCGAUGAAUUCGAUAUACUUUUUCUAUAAUAACACUUUUUAGGGAAUGGAUGAACGUAGAAUAAGAGGCUUCUUUGUUCUCUCCGAGGCAAAGGUGGAUCCUUACUAUUUUCACGGUUCACUUUCCCCCUAAUCUCUCAGCCUGUGAUUUCUCGUAUUCGUUCGCUAUUAAAUUAUUAAUAUUGGUAUUACAAAAUUUGUCCAACUCUGUAAGGGGAUACGCUCGUACACAUAUCAGAUGGGUCACAUUGAUCAACGCAUACUUGCCAUUUAAAUUUAAUUAAAAUAUUAUCAUGUAUCGAUUAUUACAUAUUAGCGUAAUGAUCGAUAUUGAUUGACCCGUCUUCCGCUCAAUUAAGUAGGGAACGACAUAGAACAAGCAAAAACGAAGAGAAGAAUCGAACGGACAACCGUGUACCUUUAUUUAUUUACGUUGUUCAGUGACGAUUACUACGUUCGAUAGCUGAGAUAUAAGGGCUUGAAAUUUCACGCUACCGUGUCUCGCGAAGUUCACCGUAUCGCUUCUACCGAUUAUUCAUAAACAUAUAUACACACAUACACGCAUACACGCAUACUCACAGAGGCUUUAAAGGUGUGAUCGUCGGUGGCCGGCGGGGUUAGGUAGAUCGCGCGCUCGAUUCGAACAGCUUUCUCCUCUUUUCCCCGACGAUCGAUCGACCGCCGAUCCUCGCUUCCACCUCCGUGCACUAUCGAUCUCUCGCUCAAGCCCUCGUCGCGCGGCGAUCGAGCGAUUCUCUCGUUCCCGCGCCUCGUGACAGGGCAUUCACCAAAAAGUGGCCGAACAAAAACCGACCUUUUUGUCUCGAGAUCGAUCUCGGGUUCUUCGACAGCCACGUCGAAACACCGGGCGCUUGUUUUUCUCAAUUUUUCUUUCUUUUUUUUUUUUCUUGUUCUGUCUUUAGUCGCCUGUCAAAGCUUUCGCGUCCAUCCAUUAUUGUCAGUGUUCCCGAGGCAGAAAAGGGGGCCUUUUCAUUUUUCCAUCGACGUGCUCUCUAGCACGCUUAUUUUUUUACACUGUUGCUCGCCGCCGCGUCUUCCAUACGUUUAAUGCCUGGCGCAACCGAGAUCGAUAUCGCGACGAACGGGUAGCCGGUCGGCCGGCCAUUUUCUUUCUAAUCUGCGCCGGAGGAGACGUAUAAUAAUAUUUAUUCGAUCGACCGUACGUCGUAAUGUUUGUAAAUUUUGCUUUGUAAGACUGUGUAAAUAUAUAUAUUAUAUAUAUAUAUAUACAUAUACGCGACUUAGCGCAUGUUAAUUAUGGACUCGAACGGAUGUAACGGUAGAGCACAAAACGCGCGCGUCAGUCGCUCGACGGAGCCAAACGGAAAAGCGUAUACGGGUCACCAGGUCGUUUUCACUGGGGUUCACUUUUGCGUUCAUUUUAAUUAUAUAUAUCCAUGGGAAUUAAUUUUGUCAUGUACAAUAAAUUCUUUUGGGACGAUCUCUUAGGGGAAACAGGGGGAAUCCUAGACUUUUUUAUUUGCAUAACUCCUUCUUUUUUUUUUGAUACGCAUAGUUACAGAGUUAAGGCGAAAAAUUAUAAUCGAUUCUAUUUACAAGCAUGCGCUUCUAGCUUGCUAUUUUUAUUCUUUGUCUUAAGUCUGUAACUAUGUAUAGUAAAAAAAAAAGAAUGAUCGAAGUUUACUAUUAGCUUGAUAGGAGUUACCCAAGAGAUUAAGGAAUUACUUUAUUGCCUGAAGUAACUGUUACGUUGAAAGGAAUUCUCGUUUUAUACGAUUUAUACUAAACGCAAUACGAAACUGAAGACAAUGUACCGUCAAACGGAGCCAAUUGCAACAAAUAUCUACUUGAAGACUGUACUAUUUGAAAUCAACAUAUCAUUUUAUCCAAAUCCAAAUUACCCGAACGAAACGUGCACGAAAAUCGGUUAACGUAUUUUAAAUCUGUGCUUGUUUGCGAAUAAAAUUCUCCGCGCUAAAUUAACGGGGAAUUAUGGGCAAGCAACCAACUGUUGCGAGUCACUCCGUUCAACGGAGAAUCGUGAACUCGCCAACUCCAACGAUUUGCGAGCGGGCAAAUCGGGAAACGAUUAUCAACGAGCUAGCCGCGGCCCGUUACGCUGCUCCAUCUAUCGCUUUUAAUUACGAUUCAUUCCCCGUCGAUUGGAUUCCGCAAUUGUCCGCGUACGUGCCGCCUUUCGAGUCGCGGCACGUGUUUCUUUUCGCGCGAACCCCUGCAUCUGUGCCAUCGUUAAUUCCAUCGCGAAUCGCGUUCACGUUCGUAUGUAUACCUAUAGACGCACCGAAAGAGACACAGAGAGAAUGUGAUUAUGUGUGCGUACGCGUGAGCGAAUGACUGAUAUGCAAACAUACACGCACAUCCCCUGGUAGUGUUCGUUCUCCCCGCACCGGUUCGAUUUCCUGUUGCGAAUCCAAUCGCGCGCCUCGCCGCAAGGUCCGUCUUCGCGCUACGUUAAUCCCACGAUUUUCAAUUCCGUGACGGUCGAUGUCACGUCAAUUGUUGCUUCGAAAAUGUAAACUGUACAGUUGUCACGACGUUCCAAUCACAGACAUCGCCCUCUUAUUUUUAUAUAAGUUCUUUCGAGACGUCGUUUAACGGCAAACGUCGUUGCGUGACACCAAAGACACUUGUCGCUGUAUUAAGAUACUAAUAGACGAUUGAAAAUGAUUCAAGAUGUACAUGGAUUGAAAACUAUGUACAUUCGAUGCAUAAAUCUUAUGAAAACGUCGAUGACAAGAGAAAGUACGGUAAAGUCUCUUUAAUUAAUCCGUCGAUCCGCGUUCCCGGUUUUAAAAGUAUGAAACGUAUUACGAAACAUACCGUUGAAAGAACGCUAAUUGGAGCGCCGUGUUAACGCGACUUUGGAUUUCCACGACGACAAACGACGGGAUAUCGACAGUCACGGCGAUAGGGUGUCGAUAGUUAACGUAACGCGAACGCGCGGCUUUGCAAUGCGAUCAGCCAGUAGGAGCGCAGGGGAUCCAUAGAUCCGCGGAUCCAUUCUGUCUUACAUAGGCAUCUAAGAGCUACUUGUCUAAGUAUGUAUGUAUCUGUAAGUUGUGUGUUAGCACGUCAAGCGUGAGGUAUAGUGAUAUGUAAUGUUGACGAGUACCGAGAACGAGGGAGUAGACGCUCGAGCGUCGGCGUCCAAGAGUGUCAGGGCGCGUCCUAGCGGGCCACGCACGUUAACUCUUUGCGGUAUUAUCGUCGAGUCUUUCCUAUUUAUUCGAAUCUGUACUCUGAAACGUUUCCCGACUCGACGCUCUGUGUUUAUUUGAACGUUUUUUAAGGAAGAUCGAUCGACUCCGCUUGGUGUAUCAUUCUGUUCCGAAUCGAUCGAAACGGCGGGUUCCCUUUUCUUUCGCGGGUAUGCUCGAGGCUUCGAAUAUCGAAAUAUGCGCAGAGCGUUCCGAGGGGCGCGUGCACGUCCCGAGAGAGAGCGUAGAGUCUCGUUUAGUGUAGCAACGCGUGUCUCGGUACGCCCGGUGCCUGUACUUUUGUAAAUAUCGUAUACACGGAGGAACGCUCCAGUAAGAGAAGCUCGGUUCCAUUUUGUACAUUCGUUAGGUUUAUCGUCGGCCGCGCGCGCGCCGCAGCAGCAACUGCAAAGGGUUAAAGGGUGCUGGAAACGGCGCAAGAUACCCCGCCGUGAAUCUAGUCUUAUAGCGUAAAACUAAUGGAUUAUUAAAUAAUAAACGAACGCGAAGUAUCCACGGUCGCCGAAAAAUGGCGCGUUCUCGAAUUCAUCCAGGCGGGGCCCACCGUAUCAGCGUCAUUCAUCUGUCCCCCGUGGCUAUCCCUAUCCUCUUCUUCGGGGAGCACCGAGAGAGACUCCUCGUCAGCGAGAUGGUGGAACGUCGGACGAAUCAAUCAUAUCGAGCAUCGUGAAUGGAGACACGCGCUAAUUUACUCGUAACCACUGCCGACGCGAGUCUUCUUCCGUAAUAUCCACUAAAUGUUCCUGGUAAAAUUCCUCGCCCCAAACGCGAAUCCGGAAGCAGAAUCGUUCCAUCAUCCUCGGUUCUGGAAAAACAUGAAUAUUUUUAAAAAAGAAGAAACACGAUAUUGGGCAAAUAUGAUGUACUGCGUGAAAAGUGAAAAUGUUUUAGAUGGUAUCAAAAAAAAAAAAUAAAAUUUGCGUUUCUCGAGAACUGAGAGGUUGAUGGAGCAGUUCUGCUUCCGGGUUCCUACGAGGAUCUGUACUGGGUACAUCCGGUGGAUAUUGUGGAAUAAAAGAAAGAUUUUAAUGCGUUGGACAGUGUAAUCGAUCGUACGCCCGGGAACCACGUCCCCCACAGUGGCGUAAUUGACAAUUCUGGAGAUUGCGUGCUAAAAUUUACGAAGGGGGACAUAUCGUAUAAUAUUAGAGAAAAGGAUAAAGUUAUAUUUUUGAUUUUUAAAGGGAAAUAACCGAUACAAGUUCUAAUAUAAUAUUUAUUAGGUUAAAUAAAAUUUUCGUAUAAACUAUUUCUCGAUAGAUUAAUCAUAGGACUUCCCUAUAUUCGCUAUUUAUUCGCAGACUUGACUCGUUGACUGCCGCAUCAUGUUUACCAAGUCUAAGGUGUUCUCGAUGUCUUUUCCAAUUAUAUUGCGAAAAAUAAAAAUAUAGGGUUAUCCAAAUUGAGUGUCGCAUCUUUAAAUUGAAAUAAAACACAAACUGUUUGAGAUAUUUCAGGUUUCUUUAUUUUAAUAUAAAGUCCACUUCGAAACAUUAAUCGUGGAACACAAUAUCAUCCAAAUGACCGACUAGGCUUUUUUUCAUGAGCUUGACUCAUUUUGCCCAAUUGUCUAUUACACUAUUACAUAAUUGGGGUUCUAUUUCAUUAAUGGCGGCUAUAAUAUUGUUUUUUAGCUCCACGUUGAUACGUAUCACGUGUUACAUUACAAACUGAGCAUUCUCUUUGAAUUUAUUCACAAUUCGACGAAUUGUUUUGUCAGAAGGUUGCUUAUUUGGACCAAGAAUUUCGCGAAGUGCACGAAAACAAACUCGAACAGAAAUUGAACGUUUCUAAUAAUUUCCAACAAUUUGUACACGUUGUUGCACAGUGUAGCGUUCCAUCAUGAUUCGUUUAUGCUUAGUGAUGGCGUGUGUGAAAUAUAACAAAGAACAAUCAAACCGUUUAGUAGUCCCAUCUGCUGAAAGAUGUGACGCUCAAUUUGGAUAAUCCCUAUACUUUCAACGUGCAUUUUACAGAAUUCUCGAUAACGUUAUUUAAAAGUUUGCAAGUAUUAGUAUAUAAUAUUUGUUUUAAAGAAAUGUAAACGGCGGUCAACGUGUUGAAGAAAACUAAUCAGAAAUUAAUCGAUACGUUUGAUUUUCGUUCGUCACAAAGUCGAAACCCUUCGAAUUGAUCUCGGUAACGCCACUGCGCCCCGGCAAUGCUCGGGACGAGUGUGUCGACUUCGUUUAUUUCGCGAAACGAAUCACAAUGGCGUGGUGUCCCGGGCAGAGCCGGACAAAAAUAGUAUUUACGAUAGAAAAUAGUGGAGAGCUUGCGUAGCCGUUUCGCGCAAAAAAAAAAAGAAAAAGAAAAAAAUCAAUUGCGUUCACCGUACUCGUGAUCUUUGCGUACGACUUCAUCCUCGAGUCUCGAAGGGUCGAGAGUUUAUUCGCGAAGGUCGCGUUUGGCGUAAAAAAAAAAGUGUCUCGAAUAAGAGAUCGUGCGCUGUAUUUGUAACGAGAACCGAACGCGAUAACGCGAACUGCUCGACGGAUAAGAGAAAAGUAUUUUUAGUUUCGAACUUGUUGGCCGAGAAUCAUUGAAUAGACUAGAAUUGUUCGGCGAGGCUAGCGGACUCGAUCGGCCAUAAUGCGAGAAACGACGUUCGAGGAGUACGGUACGUGCAAGUUACUGCCGUUUGAAUGUUUGCUUGCCGCGAUGUCAACGAAGCGAAACCGCCUCGAAAUAUCGCCGUCACACUAUCGACGUACAAAUACGAUCGUUACAGUUACUAUUUUUUACUUAGAAUACUAUUUCCUCCAGCUCUGGCUGCGGCCAACUGUGUAUAUAAUACAUGUACGCGCAUUUUCCUUCUUUUCGUCGUUCGGAAGUCGCGCGAUCGGCCAAGAGAAAAGUGCACAACACGCUGUAAAACGCCCCGUGAAGAAUACUUUCUCGGCUCGCUUGUACGUAUGUAGUUUGGCUGCUCGCUCGAUCAUUUGUCACCGAUAAUUUCGCCGCGGACGUUUGCGCGAUCAUUCGUCUCGAGCGUAAUCGAAUCGCGACGAUCGCGAACGAACGAAUUCGGAACGGGCGACGCAAAAUUCGGCGGCGUCGAAUUUUCUACACGACGUAUGGACACUCGGGGAGUUUAGUUUAACGCUCGUCCUCGGGACGCGGGAACGCCCGCAAUGGCGGCGCCCUAAAAUAUCGAAACUACUGCCGGUCUCUCUUUUCCCCUUUUUUUAUUUUUGAUAAGUUCCCACCGAUCAGGGAGGAUGAUUAAUAUUAUAUAUAAAUAUAUACAUAUACAUAUAUUGUAAUAGACUGUAAUCGCGUCGCAAUGCUGACUCCGCGUUCACACACAUUCCUCAAGGACACACGAUGUCGUCGCUGUAUAUCUACAUUUAAGUGUGAUAAAUGCGAAUUUACGAUAGACAAACGAUUGACGAGGCGACGGCGACAAAGAAAAAAAAAAAUGAAAGAAAAAUGAAUUACGACGAGGACGGCAAUGACGACGACGUCCACGACCACGAUGGCAACGAUCGACGAUCUUCUCGCGAACCGCCUAUGUAUAUCUGUCAUUGACUCGUAGAAUGGUCCGCGGUAAAGUGAUACUAACUGUUAAUGUCGUUUACAUUCCACUUGAAGGUAAUUACACGCGAGUAGGAAGAAACGUUUCAACUAAAUGUAUUAUUCGUUUCUUUUUUAAUUUUUUUUUAAUUGACUAUCAACGAAUGCAACACCUUGUAUUACGUUUCUUUUAAUACAAUUAAACGACCGUUUCUCCAAAUUCUUGACAGUCCACGGUCGGAUAACCGAAGCACAAGAAUAGCAUUUUAUCUGUAUCCCUAACUGUUCCCGAAAAAACAGCUUGUAGCACUUUCUGUGGAUCACUCUGUACAUUAUCGUUACCGUAGCAGGCACAAAUUCAUGAUAAACGAUGAUAUAUAACGAUCAUUCGUUGUACUUAUUCAUACUGUAUUAUUAUAUUGCAUUGAUUAUGUAGGGUGUUCGGCCACCCCAGGGAACAAUUUUAAUGGGAGAUUCUAGAGGCCAAAAUAAGAC